AGAUGGAUGUUUGGAAGCAUUGUAAACAAAUGUUUGAAAACUGCACACAGAUUUAAAUUGAUUUCGUGAACAUUGGUUGGCGAAACUAUAAAAAAUGGACGCAGUGUUAAUGUUGUUUACAAAGGAAACUAUCAACUUAAGAUACUUGAAAAGCUCGUUUUGAGAUGGGAAAGAGUGUUUCAUCUUCCGGCGUUGAAUUUCACUUUGCGAAAUUUUGGAUUGCUUACUAGUAUAGAGAAGUUUUUCGUUAAAAAGUGUUUUUUUAUGAAUAUUUUUUUCUAAACCGAAGUGGCUUAACAAAAAUCAUUUUUGUUUAUCAAUUGAAUGUUUUCUUGAUUCACCGAAGCUAAAUCGAUAGCAAAGCUAUUCACCAAUGGAAACCUCCAGCAAAACACCAAAUUGCACACCUCACACCGCAAACAUUGCCCACUUCUGUCGAUUCUGCCUAACGAAAGCCCCAGCGCUGGUGCCGAUCCAGUCUACCGUCAAAGAUGUACCGAUUCCCAAAAUGUUCGUCCUGCUCACCGGAGUCACGAUAGACCUGAACGAUUCCUACCCUCAGAACGCAUGCUCCGAGUGCUGCGGAAAGCUGGAAACGGCCUACAACGUGCGACAGUCGUUUCUGGACAAUGUGUUUAAAUUGCCUGAGUUUUUAAAAUCCCGUAAAGGCAACGUUGGGUCCGAGUCGGAAAAUGAGGAUGAUAUUGGCAUCAAAAAUGAACCUUGGGAAAGUUCAGGAGAAGCAUCGAGUGAAGACGGAAGCUCGUCAGAGUUUGAAUACGUAGCAGUGGAAGCACCGCCGAAGAAAAGAAAAAUAACAAAAGCAAUUAGCCUGUCCAAAGAAAAAAUCGUGGGUAAAAAUCCUCGCCAGAUUUACACGCAAAGUUCUGACCAAAUAAAGCAAUACACAUGCAAAUACUCAGGAUGCGAGUACGUUACCGCGGACUAUUUCAAGUACCAUCAUCAUAAAAAGAGUCGACACGAGCGCAAUUUCGAGUGUUCGAUUUGCCAGAAACGGUUCCCAAAGCAGAUCCAGCUUUCGAAUCACGCAAACUCGCACCUUGAGAAAAGCGAAAGGCCGUUUGCGUGCGAUCAGUGCGACCGAAAGUUUACCUCAAAGACACGACUGAUAGCCCACGGCAGAAUUCACACCGGUGAAAAGCCCUAUCUCUGCACGGAGUGUGGCGAAUCGUUCCACAGCUCGGCAUUUCUAGCCAAUCACGCUAUGAAGCACUCGAAGCCGCAGCAUAAAUGUCAGCACUGCAGCAGAGAGUUCCGGUACAAGGGUGACUUCGUUAAGCAUCUUCGAUUACACGAGGAAAACGAGUGGCAGUGCAGUUUUUGAGCUUGAGCUCCAUGUACCGGUGUUGAAAAUUUGUAAAGAUUGAUUUAAAGCUGACUUUCUAUAAUCUGCAUUAAAAUAUUUUAAACUUAAA